GGGGCGGGGCCUAAAAAUCAAAAAAAGCGCGGCCUCAGCUGAAGGCUGCGGGGCUGCUGGUUGUAGCCGCUGACAGCACGGCGCCUCGGGAUGGACUCCACCGCCUGCUUGAAGUCCUUGCUCCUGAGCAUCAGCCAGUACAAGGCCGUGAAGUCGGAGGCCAACGCCACUCAGCUCCUGAGGCACUUGGAGGUUGUUUCUGGACAAAAGCUGACACGACUUUUUACAUCACAUCAAAUAUUGCCAAGUGAAUGUUUAAGUUGCCUUGUAGAACUUCUAGAAGAUCCAAACAUAAGUGCUUCACUGAUCCUAAGUAUUAUCAGUUUGCUGUCUCAACUGGCUGUAGAUACUGAAACCAGAGACUGUCUUCAGAGUAUAUACAAUCUGAAUAGUGUGCUGGCAGGAGUGGUUUGUCGAAGCAGCACUUGCCACAGUGACUCUGUGUUUUUACAGUGCAUUCAACUCCUGCAGAGGUUAACAUAUAAUGUCAAAUUUUUCCAUUCUGGUGCCCAUAUAGAUGACUUAAUUACAUUCCUAAUUGGUCAUAUUCAGUCUUCUGAAGAUGAGUUAACAAUGCCUUGUCUGGGAUUAUUGGCAAAUCUUUGUCGGCACAAUCUUUCUGUUCAAACACAAAUAAAAACUUUGAGUAAUGUUAAAUCCUUUUAUCGAACUCUUAUAAGCUUCCUAGCACACAGCAGCUUGACUGUGGUUGUGUUUGCACUUUCAAUAUUAUCCAGUUUGACACUAAAUGAAGAAGUAGGGGAAAAGCUUUUUCAUUCUCGAAACAUUCAUCAGACUUUCCAGCUAAUAUUUAAUAUUCUCAUAAAUGGUGAUGGUACCCUAACAAGAAAGUACUCAGUCGACCUGCUAAUGGAUCUCCUUAAGAAUCCAAAAAUUGCUGAUUAUCUUACCAGGUAUGAACACUUCUCUUCGUGUCUUAAUCAAGUACUAGGGCUUCUAAAUGCGAAAGACCCCGCUUCUUCUUCAAAGGUUUUAGAAUUACUUCUUGCAUUCUGUGCAGUGGCUCAGCUGCGCCAUGUGCUCAGUCAGAUGAUGUUUGAACAGUCACCAUCGAGCAACAGCAUUCUGGGAAGCCGUCCUAAGAGCUUAGAACCUACUGUGGCUCUGCUUCGUUGGUUAAACCAGCCUUUGGAUGCAUCUGAAAACUGUUCUGUUUUAGCACUGGAGUUGUUCAAGGAAAUCUUUGAGGAUGUCAUUGAUACUGGUAACUGUUCCUCGACUGAUCGUUUUGUGAACCUUCUGCUGCCUACAAUCCUUGAUCAGCUUCAGUUCACGGAACAAAAUCUGGAUGAGGUCUUAACAAGAAAAAAAUGUGAAAGGAUGGUCAAAGCCAUUGAAAUCUUAUUGACUCUGUGUGGAGAUGACACUCUGAAAAUGCAUAUUGUAAAAGUAUUGACUACUAUAAAGUGCACCACAUUGAUAGAACAACAGUUUAUGUAUGGCAAGAUUGACCUGGGAUUUGGAACAAAGGUAGCAGAUUCUGAAUUGUGCAAGCUUGCUGCUGAUGUAAUUUUGAAGACUCUUAAUUUGAUGAACAAACUAAAACAAUUGGUUCCUGGUAUGGAAGUAAGCUUCUACAAAAUCCUUCAGGAUCCACGUUUGAUUACUCCUUUGGCUUUUGCUUUAACAUCAGAUAAUAGAGAACAAGUACAGUCUGGAUUGGGAAUAUUGCUGGAAGCUGCUCCACUGCCAGAUUUCCCUGCCUUAGUACUUGGAGAAAGUAUAGCAGCAAACAAUAUAUAUAGGCAGCAAGAAACCGAGCAUCUGCCCAGGAAAAUGCCUUUGCAGCCCUUAAAUCACUUUUUUCCAGCAACAGCAAAGUGCUUAACACCUCCUCUUUCAAAAGAUAAUGCUCCUUCAUUGAAUAUUGAGGAACUAAUAGAAAAACUUCAGGCUGGAGUAAUGGUAAAGGAUCAGAUUAAUGAUAUAAGAAUAUCUGACAUAAUGGAUGUUUAUGAGAUGAAACUUUCCACAUUAGCCUCUAAAGAGAGCAGGUUACAAGAUCUCCUGGAAGCAAAAGCCCUGGCUCUUGCACAGGCUGACAGACUGAUCGCUCAGUAUCGUUGUCAACGAACUCAAGCAGAGACAGAGGCACGAACACUUGCAGGUAUGUUAAGAGAAGCUGAGAGAAAAAACGAAGAGCUUGGUAUAUUGUUGAAGUCACAACAGCUGGAGUCGGAAAGAGCCCAGAAUGAUAUUGAGCAUCUCUUUCAACACAGUAAGAAGUUAGAGUCUGUGGCUAAAGAACAUGAAAUACUUACAAAGUCCUACAUGGAACUUGUUCAAAGAAAUGAGACUACUGAAAAGAAGAAUACCGACUUACAGAUCACUUGUGAGUCCCUGAACAAACAGAUUGAGACAGUAAAAAAGUUGAAUGAGUCACUCAAGCAGCAAAAUGAAAAAACUAUUGCUCAGUUAAUGGAGAAAGAAGAACAGAGAAAAGAAGUCCAGAGCCAGUUAGUAGACAGAGAAUGUAAAUUAUCAAAUUUGCAUAAAAAAGCAAUGUCCCAAGAAGAAAAGAUUAAUGUUUUACUAAAGGAAAAGGAUGAUAAGCAGGAAACCAUUGAUGUCCUUAGGAAAGAACUAAGCAGAACAGAACAGAUAAGAAAAGAAUUGAGUAUUAAGGCUUCUUCCCUAGAAGUGCAGAAGGCUCAAUUAGAAGGUCGUUUGGAAGAGAAAGAAUCUUUGGUGAAACUUCAGCAAGAAGAGUUGAACAAACAUUCUCACAUGAUAGCAAUGAUCCACAGUUUAAGUGGUGGAAAAAUAAGCCCAGAAACUGUGAAUCUCAGUAUAUAAACAUUGUGGCUUUAGGGAAAUUAAAAUGAAUACGUUUGAUGUAUUCAUAUAUUGGAGGUGGCAGUCAAUGAAGGAAAUUGUGACUUCUAAACAGUUAUCAUCUGCUUACUCCUAUUAACUUAGUAAAAAUUCUAAUUGAAUUCAUGUUUUAUUUGGUCUUUGGAAUAUUAAUUUUUUUUAGAUUUUAUUGUUUGGUUUCUUUAAUUUUCACUUUUACAUGUCUUAUGUAUUCUUAUUUAUGAUUGUAUUCGUAAAUUAUUUCAUAUGGACCAUGGAUACAUUUUCAUAAAUGUGCUUUUAAGCACUUUAGUGUGUAAACAUGUUUGAGUAGACACACAGACUACAAGGACUGAAAUGUCAUCUUUCAGUAAAAAAGAGAAAUGGUCUGAUACUAAGUUAAUUUCUCUCUAAAGUUAGCAGAAAAUAGUAGAUUGAAAGGAGUUUCUAUUACUGCAUUUAAAAUUAAUGUAAAGCCUAAAAUCUAAAUUUGAAAAUGCAGUAGUUAUCAGAAAUAAUAUUUAGAAAUUGGGAAGGAUCCAUUGUGUUAAAUGAUUAUGUAGUCUCUUAAAAUUAAUAAUUUGUAGAAAUAUUUGUAGAAAUAUUUGCAACUUUCUUCAGUUCUUUUGGCUUUUUUUUUUCCUUGAGGCAUCUCAUAUAGUAACCAAGGUGUAUUUAACUCACUCACUUUCUGUUUCAUUUUUUGUUCUUGCUUUUAAUUUUGUUGUUGUUGACUUUUUGAGACGAGGUUCCUCUCUAAUCCAAACUGAUCUUGAAUUCACUAUGGAACCCAUGCUGGUCUUGACUUACAAUGAUCUCCUGCUUCUGCAUUCCCAAGGACUGGAAUGUUAAGUGUGAUUCACUAUAUCUGGCUGUGUUUUCUUAAAAUGUGGUAUGUUGACAAAUCCAUUCUUGUUUUCAAGGGUAAUUAGAUUUCUAUUCUAGUUACAGUUAAAUAUGUUAGUUCCUGUAGUAUACACAUUUAAUCUAUAAAUAGUUUUUUAUUGAGCCAUUAACUUUUAAAGCAAAAGUUAAGCAUCCUUAUUUAGGUAUUUCAGUCAUACAAGGGAUUUUUUUUUUUUUUAGCACUUUUCACUUGAAUAAAAUGUUGUAAGUGUAAUGUGAUUAAGAAAACAUUUUAGAUCAAUACUGUAGUUUCAGUUACAUUGGCAAACUUUUAUCUAAAAAAUAGGAAUAAUAAUGCAUAAGUUUUAAAUUGCACAAGAUUCUGAGUUAGUGAAAUCUUGUACUUUCCUGCUCUGUUUUGGAUGAAGAGUCAUCUCUUUGUCAUGUUUCUACUGCAUGGCCCACCUGCAAUUUGGCUACUUACUAGUUAACUCAUUUAUCAAAUCAUGUUCUUAGGUAAUAUAAUGCUGUAUUCAACUAACCCUUAUUUUAUAGUACUUAAUAAUGGCUCCAAAACAUGCAAAAUCAGUUAGUUUGGAUGUAAUUAUCAUUAUAAUUAAAGGAAGUAGGAUAACUACAAUAAUAUUUUGAGAUUAAUACUAUAAUUAAAUAACUCAUUACAGCAUUUUUAUAAUUACCAUUUUUAAUUAUUCUCAAUUGUUAUUCCUUUGCAGUGCAUAAUUUAUGAAUUAAACUUUGUAGCUAGGUAUAAUAGUGUGUGCCUGUAACUCUCUUACUUUGAAAGCACAGACAGGUGGAUCCUGAGUUCAAGGUCAUUUGAUCUGCACAGUGAGGACUUGGUUUAUAUAAGGAUGAAGCUGUGGGGUUUGGUAGAACAGAAGUUAUUUAAAUUUUAUGAUAUGUAUUAUAGAAAGAUUCAUAAUACAUAUAGAACUCAGUACUGUCUCUGGUUAAGGGCAUAUGAAAGUUUUAGAAUAUUUCUUCAGGUAGAUGGGGGCUGCUAUAUUCCAAUAUAUUGCUAGUAUCCUUUCUCAAAGUAGAGUCAUUUCACUCUUUCCUCUCUGAAGGAAAACCAUCUUUCAUCACUUUCUUUUGUUUCUUGAAGCACAUUUCUUGACGUUCCUAUUGUUCUUUAACACUUAAUACUUUGGGUACUUUUCUGUGUGUGUUUUUGUUUCUUUUAUUUUGUUUCUGGUUCUGUGUACCUCAGAUUUUAAAAGCAAAAGUUUAUAUCUAAAUACUUUUUUUUCUUUUCUAAAAAGUUUUAGUUAGGUUCACACUAUUUUAUCAUAAUUGAGGAUUUAGGGAUGAUUGGUACAUGUAUACAAUGUCUCAAAAGAAAAAAAAUGAGAAAUUCAUCACUAGUAUUAGUCAAAUCUGCUUAAAUUUCUUGGGGGAUAAGUCUUCUAAAAUACACACUAUCGUAUUUCCUUUCACUAUACUUACAACCUAAAUAAAUAAUGUUCUUUUGAUUGA